GAGCAAAUACGCAUUUAUGCGACCUAUUACAUUUUAAGUUGUAUUUUUGAUUAUUAUUUUCAUCUUCAGAAAUGGAUUUUCGUCGGAGUUUAUAUGAGAGCUACAAGUUACUCCAUAACAAACUUUAUAAAGCAAAGAGUGUCAGCGAUUUUGAAGCUACUGGAAAGCUUACUCCGAAGGAAUUUAUUGAUGCUGGAGAUGAGCUAAUACAGAAGACUCCGGUUUGGCAAUGGGUAGGUGGAUCGGAAAAUGUUCAGGAGUAUUUGCCAAUUAAUAAAAAGUGCUUGGUGUAUCAUGGCGCGUCGUGCCUACAGCGUGCUCCAAAUGGUACAAAUCGCAUAGAAAGUACAGAAGAAAUAUAUGAGGAUGGCUUUGUGUUAACUAAAGCAGCAAUGAGUCAACCUGUAACUGCGUGUCCUGAUGAAAAGGUGAUUACCUGGGAUGAUGAUGAUGAUGAUGAUGAUGAUGAUGAUGAUAGCAACGAUGACGAUGAGGUAGCUUCACCUCCUGCUUAUGAUAACAAGCGUCGUGUAUAUGAUGUAUACAUUGUAUAUGACAAGUAUUAUGAAACUCCUCGUAUCUAUUUGAUUGGCUACUCAGGAGAUCAUAUGACACCACUUUCAAAUGAUCAAAUGAAGGAAGAUGUUUAUCACUCCAAUUACGGGAAAACUGUGACUAUCGAUUCUCAUCCCGUCCUUGGUAUACCAUGUAUAAGUAUUCAUCCUUGCAGACAUGCUGAAACAAUGUCUCACCUGAUAAAAAAUAUGAAAAUGAAACACGAAGAGCAAAGCAAAAACACAGAAAACAAAAAACCAUUCCAAUUUCCAGUUCAUUUAGCACUUUUCCUUUUUCUAAAGCUUAUAUCAUCAGUAGUUCCUACUAUACAAUAUGAUAUUUCUACAGGGUUUGACAUAUAAAA